AAGCCAAGAGAAUAUUUACCUCCAUCUCCAUGUUUAUCAAAAAGCCUUCACAAAGAUGAGACCUUUGGUGCUAUGAUGGCCAAUUCUCUUUUUUUUAUUUGCUAAUGUAGCUAUAAGAUUUUAGGGUUAUGUUAGAAUCAAGCUAACUGUAACAUUAUCUUUUUUUUUCCAUUAUGGGGGAACAGAUGGGCAUUUUAAUAUCAUUAUCAGGUAAAUGACUGUCCAGAGCCCUAUUGGAAGGAGAUUAGGUUUCUUUCAGCUCUAUACUCACUCAGCUUCUACAACGCUUUAUCCUGUAUUCAGGGUCUCUGGGACCUGGAGGUGGGCCAGGAAUCGAACCCGGACCCUGUAGGUGCAAGGCGAAAAAUUGUCAUUGUCGCAAAGCAGCUUUACACAAUCCAAAGAAUUAUUUAAGUUUGUAUGGAAUGUGAAUGUGUAGGAGUCAAAAUAAUCAGAUUGUCCCUAAUGAGCAAGUUAAGGAAGACGGCGUCUGUGAGAUGAUAAUAGGAAGAAACCUUGAGAGGAACCAGACUCAAUCAGGAUACCCGUCCUCAUCUGGGUGAAACGGACAGCAGGGAUCGAUCUGCAUCAUACUGUGUGAGACUGGAAGUUCAGUAUAACAGGAGAUGUGUGUAAGUUAGUUUGGAGUCCAGUUCGUUAUUAGAGGCUCAGGUAGACUGUAGGAAACUCCAGCCCUGAACUAUCGAGCGACUAAAGUCACCAGUCCUCAGAGAACAGCUGUCUGCAUCAGCCGAGUCCAGGACAGUCUUUGUGGAGAAGUACACGGACAUUACAGUGUGUGAUCUGGUCAAACAUGGACGUCUGUGAGCCGCUCAGGCAGAAGUGGGUGGAUAGCGCUUUCCUUCCAAAAAAAGCCGUGUUUGAUGUUUAAAUGAUUCCCGCUCAUGUUCACAAAGCUCCAAAGGAUCCUCGUCAGCCAGCAGGGUGUAGAAUACGGCCGACACAAAUUAAAUAUCCCUUAGCUAAAGUGACCGUGUGUGAGCCCUCAGCCCUGUCUGCAGGAGGAGUGAUGGAGACGGUAGAAGACGUGAGCGUCCUGCAGUCCUGCGCUAAAGAAGACAGUGUCGCUUCUCUGGAGGACCACAUGGCAGAGUCCACAGCCAAUGAAUCAUCAGAGGAGGAGUCUCCCUGUGAGAGAGAGGAGGAGAGCCACAGCAUCGACACACUCUCAGAGCCUGCUCCCGUACCCUCGGCCCCGGGCUCGGGACUGUGGACGACGCUGAGGGACGGCGAGGUGAAGCUGAGGAUGGGCGAGUCCGGAACGGAGGCCGAAGCUCCUCUCACCGUGAACCAGCUGUUGGCGCGCGCCGUGGAUCGAUUCGGCAAACGUACGGCGCUCGGAUGGAAGGAGGGGGAGCAGUUCAGGAAACUCAGCUACAACGAUUAUUACAGAGACUGUCGCAUCGCCGCUAAGGGCUUCCUCAAGCUCGGGCUUCAGCGCUACCAUGGAGUCGGCAUCCUGGGCUUCAACUCCGUCGAGUGGUUCAUCUCCGACAUCGGAGCCAUUUUGGCUGGAGGUUUCGCUGUGGGCAUCUACACCACCAACUCCCCGGAGGCGUGUCAAUACGUGGCUGAGAACUGCCAAGCCAACAUCCUGGUGGUGGAGAACCACAAACAGCUGGAGAAGAUCCUGAAGGUCCAGGACCAGCUGCCUCACCUGAAAGCCAUCAUCCAGUACAAAGGCGCCCUGAAGGAGAAGAAGCCGAAUCUUUACACAUGGGAGGAGUUUAUGGAACUGGGCCGCAACGAGCCAGAUGCGCCACUCGAUGACAUCAUCACGUCCCAGAAACCCAAUCAGUGCUGCACGCUGAUCUACACCUCCGGAACUACCGGGCAGCCGAAAGGGGUCAUGCUGAGCCAUGAUAACUUGACAUGGACGGCGUUUGCGACAGCUCGCACCCUCAACCUAACAGAAGAGACUCAACAGGUGGUGGUGAGCUACCUGCCCCUCAGCCACAUCGCCGCCCAGAUGGUCGACAUCUGGAUCACCAUGAGGGUCGGAGGAGCCGCGUACUUCGCCCAGCCUGACGCCCUCAAGGGCUCGUUGGUGAACACCCUGCGUGAGGUGCGUCCCACGGCGUUCCUGGGAGUUCCCCGCGUCUGGGAGAAAAUGCAGGAGAGCAUGAAGGCAGUUGGAGCCAAGUCGUCCACCGUGCGCCGGAAAGUGGCGUCCUGGGCCAAAGACGUGGGUCUGAAGACCAACAUGAGCAAGAUGGAGCAGAACGGCGUGAUGACCCACAGGCCGCUGAACUACCGCCUGGCGAAGCGUUUAGUGUUCAGGAAAGUCAGGAAGGCGCUGGGGUUGGACCGCUGUACGCUCUGCUUCACGGGAGCCGCGCCCAUCACCAAGGACACGCUGGAGUUCUUCUUCAGCCUGGACAUCCCGCUGUACGAGCUGUACGGCAUGAGCGAGAGCACCGGACCACACAGCAUGUCCAAGGCCGAGGCCCUCAGACUCACCAGCUGUGGUAAAGUGAUCGCAGGUUGCCAGACGAAGAUCUUCAACCCCGACUCGGAAGAAAACGGCGAGAUCUGCUUCUGGGGUCGCCACGUCUUCAUGGGUUACCUGAACAUGCCGGACAAGACAGAGGAGGCGCUGGACGCAGACGGCUGGCUGCACUCGGGAGACCUGGGCAAACACGACAAGGACGACUUUCUCUACAUUACAGGACGCAUCAAAGAGCUGAUUAUCACUGCUGGAGGAGAGAACAUCCCGCCUGUGCCCAUCGAGGACGCGGUGAAGGAAGCCGUGCCCAUCAUCAGCAAUGCCAUGCUGAUCGGAGACAAGCGCAAGUUCCUGUCCAUGCUUCUCACCAUCAAGAGCCAGGUAAACGGUGAGACAGGCGCCCCGGAGGACGAACUCACCCCCGAGGCUGUGGAGUGGUGCAGGAAGUUGGGCAGCUCGUCCACGCGUGUGUCGGAGAUCUGCGGGGGACGCGACCGUCUCGUCCACUCCGCCAUCCAGGAUGGGAUUAACAGAGUGAACGAGAGGGCGACGUCCAACGCCCAGCGCAUCCAGAAGUUCACCGUGCUCGAGAAAGACUUCUCCAUCUCCGGAGGAGAGCUCGGUCCCACAAUGAAGCUGAAGAGGCCGGUGGUGAUGAAGAUGUACAAAGAGCAAAUCGAGAACUUCUACAAAGAUGCCGUGACCCCGAGUAACCCUGAGAACCCGCUGCCUCCUAAAUAAGAUCCAUACCAAAGGGCAAAGACACACACGCACACACACAAUCCUUUUAUCUGUAUCUGUCACUUGUCAUGUAAACAACUGUGUGUAUGGGUGUGUGUGUGCGCGCGCGCACGGGGGGUGGGAGGGUUGUUAGUUUCCAGCUAAUUCUCUCCUCUGUUUGUAAUUUUGUUUCCUUUUUUCAUUGUGCUUUUUGCUAUUGUUUACAUUUUCAAGCUCAGUGAUGAAGAAAAAUCUGAGUGACUUUUGCCACAAACAGCGUCAUGAAGUUCUGCUCGAGCGUAGUGUCGGUUCUUUAUUUAUUUCCGACUUGUGAAGAAGUUCAGUAGGAACGCCGUAGUCUUAGUGCCGAUACAUCAGGAACCUUCAGGAAUAAGAGCUGCUCGUGUUUACCCGAUGGAUCUAUUUAUAAAUUGCUUAUUUAUGUUUUCUGUGUUCGUGCCAAAGCAUGAGAAUUGAAACGGGAGAAGAAGAAGAAAAAAAAAAAAGAGUUUGUAAAAGUUUGUAGCUGGAGUGUUUUUCAGUCUCCGUGUGCUCUCGUUGCCGCGAAGUUUGGAAUAAUUCAACGUUCUAGAUUUAAAGAAAACCAGACCUGAGAUGCUGAGGUUCUCGAAGACAUUCCAAUCUUCGAUCUAGCACCCUAAAAGGGUUCAUCGGUUUGCACUUCUUGGAGAACCUAGGACAUUUCUAUAAAGCCUUACACAAAUGUAGGUUCCAAAGACUCAUUUAGGAAGAUACAAACUGACAAAUCCAAAUAACCCUUGAGGAAACUUUGGUUAAGGGUUCUGUAGAUGAUGUAUGGACUUUCAGAAAAGUUCCCAGAUGAACCCCACACUACAAAACGGGAACCUUUUGUGUUCUUUACCAAAAAGGGGAAAAAAAGCACUUUGUGCUUCUAUAGAAUUGCUUUGGGUUAAACUUUGGAUGAUUUUGGAGGAAGCUAGAACCGUGUCCAAUCCUAAGAGCCCUUUGAGGAACCCUUGAGUGUAGGCUUCAACUCUGACAAUUUUUGAAAGGGAAGACAGUUUAUAACUGAGUUUAAGAAUUGUUUCAAGUAGAACCGAAUUCAGACCAUAUUUUCAGAAAGGAGAAAACUUUGAAAGAAAGGUUCCAGGUAGGAACCAGUUAGAAAGCUGACAUCAUUAGCGAUCCAAAGAACCUUGUAUGAACCGUUGAGGAAGGGACCAGGUUUAGUGUAGGAUUAGGGUUCUGCAGGGUUGUAGGGGUUCUCUUUAGAAACGUUCUGAAUUAGUUGAAUUUCUGGUGUGAAAGUGUUCCUUGUAGAAAACAAAAAAAAAGGAAGAAGGAACGAACCAAAGAACCCACGAGGAACUUGUCGUCGUCCUCCUUAAAGCUCAGCGUGACGAGUAAAUCAAAACAGGACGUUUUUAACACAAAGAACCCAAACCAUCGUCACUUUAAUCCUAAUGAUUGUCGUUCUGCUUCCUCCCUGUUUGAAGACGGUGAAGAGGUUCUAGUGAACGUGAAGGCAUUGAGAGCAGCGUAGAGAACGAAAAGCAUUCUGGUUCUCUGAGCUCAUGCCAGUGAAAUCAGCAGCAAGGAUUUUCAGGUCAGCUGAUGCUUUAUUUUUUAUUUUUUUGCACUAUUUGUCGCCUCUCUCAUGCGCUGGUCUGGUUUCGUUGAUUUUUUUUUUUCCAGCUGCAGAUAGAAAAGGCAAGAAGUUACACGGUUAAGCCAUGAAUGUUUUUUUUUUUUUAACUUUUGUUUUUUUUUUCUUUUCAUUUCAGCCAUAUUCAUUGUUGAAAUGUUAAAUUGUUCAUAUGCAGUUCUGAUUUGUGUUAAUAUUAUUGUUAUAUUAUAAUAUAAUAUCUAACAGAUUGCUGUGUAUUUGUUACAUAUUGUAAAUACUUAUCGCUUGAUUUGUCUUGUGGUUUGUUUGUUUUUUCCUCUCGUCAUGUGAGCAGAUUAAACAGCUGCUCUCGUGACGUUUAAUUAUCGGCUUCAAGAAAUCAAACUCGUAAAUGAUACGAUUCGGCUUUUGAUAAUUCGGCAUGUGUUCUUUAGCAGUGUGAGAUAUAAAAUAAUUAAAUAAGUGUGUACAGUACGAAGAAAUAAACAUUUUGCAUAUUGAA